AUGUAUGUUAAUUAUAAAGAGGGAGGGAGAGGUCUUGUUGAAGUCAGAUUGUUCCGUUCUAGUUUUUGCUGUUUACAACGUUUAGGUUUUUGGUACACGCCCAUUAAAGUAAUAAACAAUAACUAUGAAAUCAAUUUAAGAGUGUCCCUUAGUACCGAGUUUUUGAUUUUAGUUACAUCUAAAGAAAAUUACAGUGCUAAAAAUAUGUCUGUGAGCGCUAGUGCUGAGAAUCUAUCAACUGACGCACAAAGUUGCGAUGGAGGAUCGAUGUGUCUUGAGCUGGCACUGGAGGGUGAGCGACUCUGUAAGGCGGGUGACUGCCGGGCCGGAGUCGCUUUUUUCCAAGCGGCCAUACAAGCUGGCACAGAUGAUCUGCGAACUCUCAGUGCCAUCUAUAGCCAAUUAGGCAAUGCAUACUUCUACCUUGGGGACUACAACAAGGCAAUGCAGUAUCAUAAGCAUGACCUGACAUUAGCUAGAACAAUGAAUGAUAAAUUGGGUGAAGCAAAAGCGUCCGGCAACUUGGGCAACACUUUGAAAGUGAUGGGCAAAUUCACGGAGGCCAUCCAGUGUUGCAAGCGUCAUUUGGAGAUUUCGCGUACACUCGGCGACAAGUUGAGUGAAGGCAGAGCUCUCUAUAAUUUGGGCAAUGUGUACCACGCACAGGGCAAGCAAUUGGGCCGCGUAGGUCAAAACGAUCCUGGCCACUUCCCACAGGAGGUGCGAGAUUGUUUGUUGCAGGCAGUCGAAUAUUAUGAAGAAAAUUUGGAAUUGAUGCGGAGUUUAGGCGAUCGUCAAGCGAUGGGUCGAGCAUGUGGUAACUUGGGCAACACGUGCUACUUGCUUGGCGAUUUUUCAAGGGCGAUCCGCUAUCACACCGAACGCCUGGAGAUAGCUAGAGAGUUUGGUGACAAACCGGCCGAAAGGCGAGCCAACAGCAACUUGGGCAACUCGCACAUAUUCUUAGGACAAUUCGAGAACGCCGCUGAACAUUACAAACGAACUCUGGCACUAGCAGAAGAGCUGGGCGAUGCGGCAGUAGAGGCUCAAGCGUGCUACUCUCUCGGAAACACGUACACUCUCCUCCGGGAGUACCGAGUAGCAGAGGAGUAUCACGCGCGGCAUCUAGCGGCAGCGAGGAGACUCCACGACCGUGUAGGAGAAGGACGGGCAUGUUGGUCGUUGGGUAACGCGCACGCCGCACUCGGAAACCACGAGAAAGCGCUGUAUUACGCCAACGAACACUAUAAUAUAUCCAAAGAGUUAGGCGACGUACUGGGUAUGGCAACAGCUCAGAUGAACAUAAGCGACCUCCGCAAGGUGCUUGGUCUGCCCGAAGGCGAGGCGCCCCCGCCCCCCGCGUUGGAUACCUCCCCCACUCCCCGUACACCCUUCAACGCUUUACGUGUACGCAGGCAGAGUAUGGAGCAACUAGCCCUUAUACAGAUAACGCCAGAUAGUAAAAAGAAAGAGGACGAACAGGAAUCGGAAAAACAACGCGAAGUAACCCGCGCUGAGUCAGAAGACAAUCCGGGGGAGUCUUUCUUUGAGUUGCUCAGCAGAUGCCAGUCGGAACGUAUGGAUGAGCAGCGUGCCACGCUACAUUCGAACAAGGAGAACAGACCUAAACCAAAACCACCAGCGAAACUACAGCGGUCGGCUAGCAGUGGACACAAACAGUCUGGUCCCAACGAAGCCAUGCUGGAUAUGAUAACGGACCUCCAAUCGGAGCGCAUAGAUUCGCAACGUGCUGAACUGGGUGGAAGUCGCACUAAGAAACUCUCCAAGGAAGGGAAGGGAGCGUCGCUGCCCGGGCUCAGAGCCCAACAAACCGGUGCCGCAAGGCCGGAAGAUGACUUCCUCGACAUGAUAGCUCGCGUUCAGGGCUCCCGAUUAGAAGACCAACGAUCGGAGUUGCCUCGACCGAAGCCCGAGGAAAGACCGAAAACGGUUCCCGACGAUGAUUUCUUUGCAUUACUCAUGCGCGCUCAAGCUGGUCGCAUGGAAGAUCAACGUGCCACUAUUCCCCUUCAAGACCGUCAGCCCAAAGGUGGAUCCAAUUCAAAGAAGUAAACUGAUGCAGGGCCGAUGAAUUUUAACAACUUUAUUCUCUGAUGGUUGUUAUAUGAAACAGGUGUAAUACAUGUUUUAACGAUUCAAAUCUUUAGCGAGUUAUUUAAUUUACACAAUAAAAUAAACACAUCAUUUUGGGUAAAAAAUUAGAUACACAAAUAUUUGUCUUGUUGUCUGUCGUACUAGAAUAAAACUUAAAAUCAUCCGGGUAAACUAUGCUCUGUAUACUUGUGUUCUGUAUCCAUAUCACAAAAAAUUAUAAAGGAUGAUUGAAUUCGCGUUUGAAUAAAUGUAAAAUUUUGUAUAAUUAUUUAAACGGUACUAAAUUUUUGUUACACCCAUAAUUAGACCAAUUCAAAAGAACUGGUGACUCUAGGACAGGCGUAGAAACGGAUAAUGCCACAAUGUUACGCGUAGUACUCACUGCCGAUGUUGUACGGGCUAGGGUCUGCGACAUAUACGGUCCAGUACAAGAAAACGCAGUAUAGAAACGAUACAGAGAUAUUUUCUACGCUCACAUAAUAUUUGCGUCAUCGUCAAAUUAGGUGCUCGAAAUUAAAACUGCUAAUACCUAUUAUAGUUUUAAGUCGCCUUGUAAAUGGUUGGUAAUGUAAUCAAAUAACAGAUUGUUUUUGUUAAAAAAAAACAUACAUCGUCGUCGAACAUUUAUAAUCUCCGCGUUUACGAUUUUGAAGUCGCUUAAAAAUAAAAAUACAAAAUACUAGUUAUC